GCUAAUUGAAACUUAAUGUUCAUAAAGAAUUUCCUACAACAGGAACAAGUGUGGUCAUUGGCGAAAUCUGCAGUUAUUACCGCCGGUUACUCCUUGUACAUAUUAUCAAUACUAUUUUUGAAGCUUGUGGGUUAUUCUCCAAAUGUUCUUGAUGUCUUACAUUUUCUGCAUAUACAUAACGCUUACUCUUGUCAGUCCUUAUAAAGGUUUUUGAAACAAAUUUCCUCAUAGUAAUUAAAAUUAUCAGUGCUUUGGGGUCAAGUACGAUUUCCAAUGAAAUAUUAUGUGCACAAUGAAAGUCGCAAUUCAUGAUCGAAAGCAGACAUGUCGUCAACUCCAUGCAGAUCCAAAAGUGGUAUUGAGAAGUGCUGUACUCAAUGCAAACUUGUGCUGAAAGCUGGUCAAAGUGAUAAGCAAUGUUUGGAUGGACUUCUCUCAUGUUUCAGGUUUGAAUCAGAAGCUCCGGGGAUUGGAUCGAUCUCAGAGUCAGAAUGGUCCAAGUUUGAGGCUCAAUGUGUUUCUGUCUUGAAUCAGGCUGACAGGAAACAUCUAAGAGCUGGUGCAUCUUUGUGCUGUAAUUCUGAGGAAAGUGAAGAUGGUGGUGGUGCUGAAGACGAGCAAAAUAAAGACUGCGACAGGGAGAUUUUGCAGGACGACUUGGACAAAAAUGCAGAAGAAAAUGCUGAUUUUGAAUGCAAAUUUUCAAAUAUUCCAGAGGAAAAGCCUGAAAGUUAUCUUGCCAAGGGUUCCAAACCUUCCAUGAAUUCCAAGCCAUCUGGAUCCGAGGUUAUAGAAUGCACAGCUUCUGGAGUGAACAUUGACGAAGAAAAGAAAAUCAGCACACCAACUUAUACGCCUGUGAAAAAAUCUUCUCUGGUCUCUAAUCGGGUAUCAACUCAAUGCACCAAGAUUUCAUCUGACCACAAUCAGAGCAGCAACCAGAAAAGACUUGACGGAUUUUGUCCAGGAAUAACAAACGAGGUUGAAGAGGAUGAUGUUUGCUUUCUGCCCCCAUCAGUUGACGAUCUGGACUUGAUGACCCCUGGGAAACUUUGCAGGGGGUUUAAAGAAAGGGAGUUGAAUGCAUUGUCAACAUGUGCUGGAGGAGCAGAUAUGAAUGAAGACAAUGAUGAAUCCAAUAACAAGAGCGGAUUUGGCCUUUGGAUCCCCUGGGUCACCUUGCUUUUCAUGGGGUUUUUGUACUCGGUCUUCUUGGGACUGUUGGGAGAAAAGUGUCAGGACCCAUGCACACACCCCUGUCUUAAUUAUGCAUCUGUUGUGUGCAAAUGCCAGUACUCCAGACUAUGGUCCUCACAGUUUGGGUUCUACAGCUGGGAGCACUUCUUGUACAUCAUGACAGCAGUUUUCAUUGAAGGGGUCAUUGCAGAGUACUUUUUUGGGCACAUGUACCUUGCUGGGCUGAUAACCCUGUCUGUUUUCUUGGUUGGACUUCUGUACAUCCCAGUGACCUUCCUCAUUUCACACAUUCAAUGUGCUGAUGAACUCCUCACUGGAUGCACAUUGGGACUGAGUGGGGCCCUACUUGUGAUGUUGGUUGUGCUAACUGACAAACUGGCUGGUCCACUGGGCACACUAUUGUCUUGGAUUUUGGCACUCAUCCCAUUGUAUUUCUUUGUGAUAAUGCCAUAUCCAAACACUGUGCCUUUACAUGUAGCUGGGGUGCUUGCCGGGUGGCUGCUGACUAUGGGUGAUACCAGUGAAAACAUUUGCAAUGCAGCUACAGCAGUUGCCUUCUCUGGGACUCAAUUUGUCCAUGGACUGAGUCCUGCUACAUGCUUGCUGUCAUCCGCUCUCAUGGCCUGGGCAUCUUAUCAAUUAUUCCCUCCUGGCCUAUUAAGUUCAGUUCAUGAGCAGAGAAGUUUUCCAAUCAUAUGAACUGCGGCAAUGAUGUUCCUUUCUUAUGUUGUUCUUUGUAACACGAAUUUUCUGGGAAGUGUUUUAGGGUGAAAUUGAUGAAGAAAUGAAAAUGCCAGUUUUUAUGUUGAUAAAUAAA